AUGGAAAGUUGGGUGCAGUCAGGGAUUGGGGUGUACAUGUAUGAGCACAUUCAAUGGAAUGUAAAUGCUCAGGAAGCCACCUGUUGGAUACCCAAGUAUGCUUUUGACAAGAUGAAUAGUUGGACCAUUUCUGUCUGGAAAACCAAUAUGUGGGGAAAGGAGCAUACUCGAGUCACCUCCACCACCCCCAACUGCUUGGAUGACGUACUCCCUUCAACUCCUUCGUUGACCGCAAGCAUCACGUCUUCUGCGGCCAGUACAUCAACGCAACCCACGCCUGAAGGUAUUCGACCUCGGCCCGGUGGUCGAAUCCAUCAAUGGGCCCAAACGGCCAACACACUUGGACGCCGGCUGGGUGUGCAGACGGUGACCAAAAUCCAGGAAGAUCGACGGGAGCGAUAUGAAGCAGCCGAACGUCAGAUUGCCAACAAAUAUGAUGAGGCCAAAGUGGUCACCAUACUUCUAUGGCUCAACCCCGACAAACCAAAGGUCAUUUCAGCGCAUUUCGAUCAAUGGCCUAAGGCCCGGCUUGACGAAUCGAGCCUGCUAAUGCAAGCUUGUACGCAAGCCCUGGGACCUACAUGGAAUCGCGCCCUCUUGUUCUGGAAUGACAAGAUUGAUGCAUGGCAUGAAACGAUGGUUACAUUCCCUCACAGGUAUCCAGCAGACGUGAAAGUGGUGGUUGUACGGUCGCAACUUGUGGAUCCUCGAAUACCAGGGUUACCACAACCCAAGGCCAAGCUAACGCCCGUUGGUCUAAAACCGCUAGAAGAGGCCGCCCCAUCCGCCGCCGAAAGUGGGCAACAUCCAACUUCUAUGGCAUCGCGAGCCACGUCCACAGCCACCCCUCCUGAGUCGGACGAUGAAGUCGUUGUAGUGAAAUCGUAUAUGCGUAUAGGAGCGAACGGAGCGAAUGAACCGGCCAGCUCACCUGCUUUCGACGAGAUCGAGGUGGUUAAGAGCAACAGCUUAACCAUUCGGGAUAUGCAGCCAGCAAAACGCGAGGACUCAGAAGAGCUCCCAAUUUUUAAUUUGUUUGAUAAAUCCCCUAUUCGGGAAGCAGGCCACGCCGUGAAUGGAGGCUGUUGUCACGUCCACUCCCUCUUCUCCGGUAUUGACAAACGCCAAAGUAUUGAAGACAAAGUGGCUGGCAUCGUCGGUACUUGUUUCGACACUGCUUGCGUGGUUCAAGGAAUGUACAGGGCGUGGAUCGGUAAAGUCGAUUACGACCGUUUCCGGCGCCAGUACCGUCACAAUCCCCUUGCGACUGUGGGUGAAGCCCGGAUUCUCUACAAGAAGGAGUUCCAAGCCGUUGCAAACGGCGCGAAAUGA